GGGAGCGAGGGAAGGGUGUGGGAGGACAGAGAGAUACAGCUGCCUCUUAUUGUGCCCUGACUGGAAGGAGAACAAACGGAGAGGAAAGACAGAAAUCAGGAACAGACUGGACAUUCAGACGAGAAAGAAUUUCGGCUCCAGGUUUUGGUUGCGGUCUGGCGUGGAGAUGGAGUUUGUCCUCACAGCUUUGAGUGUUCUGCUCUGCUGUUGGUCGUCAUCCUCACACACACUGGACCCUACUGGGAAGAACGUCUGCAGCAGUAUCAGAGACCCCUCCGCCCUUGUCUGUUGCACUGGAUGGCGUCAAGAGGGAAACGAGUGCAUUAUACCUGUGUGUGAGGGUGAGCAGGCCUGUCUAAAGGAUGAGAUCUGUGUGUACCCUGGAGUGUGUCGCUGCCCACCCGGCUUCUACGGAGCUCACUGCAAAACACGCUGUCCUCCUGAGUUCUGGGCGUCAGACUGUCGCCAGGUCUGUCGGUGCCACCCAUACGGCCGAUGUAACCCUGUCACAGGUGAGUGCACCUGCAACCCCAAUCGCUGGGGUCCGCUGUGCCAGUACCCAUGCAAGUGCACCCGCCAUGGCCACUGCCACCCCAGCUACGGGAACUGCACCUGCGACCAAGGCUGGUGGACGCCCACCUGCUCCAAACCGUGCCAGUGCGUCAGCAACGGCUCUGUUGGCCCCGGGUGCGACCAGCUCACAGGUCGCUGCGAGUGCCUGAGAGGUCACUGGGGGCUUAAAUGCCCCGUCACCUGCAGCUGCCACAUGUCGCUGUGUAAUAAGAGGACUGGUGUGUGUGAGUGUGAGGCAGGCUGGUGGGGACCCAGCUGUGACCGGCGAUGUAACUGUGACCUCACACACAGCAGCUGUGACCCUGGUAACGGGCAGUGCCUGUGCCACCCGGGGUACCAGGGUGGCUACUGUAACCAGCCCUGUGAAUCUGGAAAGUUUGGCAGUGGGUGUAAAAUGAGCUGUGGUUUCUGUAGAGACAACCAGCUCUGCUCUGCCACUGACGGGGCCUGCGCCGCCUGUGAACCCGGCUGGAACGGGACACAGUGCGACCGCCCGUGCCCGUCUGGUUUUUACGGUGACGGCUGCCAGGAGAAGUGUCCACAUUGCAGGAACAACGAACCAUGUGACCCAAAGACAGGGGAAUGUUGGAGGUGUGACCCCGGAUGGACAGGACUCAGGUGUGAGGAGGCCUGCCCUGACAGGAUGUUCGGAGAAGACUGCCGCUUCCUGUGCAGCCCUUGUUUCCAUGGUAACUGCAGUCACGUGACAGGAAGAUGUGUCUGUCAGCCAGGCUUUCAGGGAGAGAGCUGUAACAGCAGCUGCUCUGCUGUGCAGUUCGGCCUCAACUGCUCCUCUGUGUGUGACUGUGGUGAGGAGGUCCACUGCCACCCAGUCACUGGAGUCUGCCCCAACAGUGGCAGGAGUGCUGUACUUGCAGGAGUGUUGGUCCCUUUGCUCCUGCUGCUGUUAGCUGUGCUCUGCUGCUGUUUGUGUUGUGGAGGAGGCCCUGUUGACAGCAAAGACAGGGCGGCUGUGGCUGACGGAGGUUUGUCUGUUCGGAUGAAAUAUCACGUCUACAGCGUCCUGGCAAACAUCAGUGCUGCUCUGCCAUGUAUCUCUAACUGGUCCUCAGGUCUGCCUCGUGUCACCGUAUCUCACCAUGACCCAGAGCUGAACUUCAACCACAGCUUCAUUGAGCCACCGUCCUCUGGCUGGGUGACCGAUGGGUCGACCUUUGACAGUGAUGAGGAGGAGGGUGAAGCUCUCUACUGUGUCCCUCCAAGAGAAGACAUCCCAGCCUUGGCAGGCGGCGAGUUCCAGGAGAUGAGCUCAAAAUGUAACAUGUUCCUGGACCCAUCAGGCUUCAGCUGCGAGGACAUCACCUCACCCUUCAACAUCCCUCGCACCUCCAGCAUCGCCAAGUACAAGCGGCCGUCUGUCUCUUUUGCAGAGGGCACCCGCUUCAGCCCCAAAGAGCGCCGCGGCUCCGCUCAGGAGCCUGGCGCUCUCCUUCGCAACAAACCCAAAUCCACCUGGGGAGUUUUGAUGCUCUCGGCCCUUCAAAGCCAGGGAGGUGCUGCUAAACCUGGGGACGAGGAUGCAGCAGAGGGCGAGGAAAAGGAAGAGGAGGAAGUGGAUGAGCAGGCUACAGACAACCAGGAGUCAGGCUGUGAGGCAGUCAACCAGGAAGUAGACAGAACCUCAUCCCGAGCCUCCUCGCAGGUCCCAAGCUCAGCGGGAAGAAGACGGACUAACUCCAACCCGGCUGCACAUAAAGGGAACCUGCCGCAAACAUCUGGCUGUGAUGCUCAGGCCGGGGUUUUAAAUAAAGUCACCACAGUGUACGUGACAGUGGGUAAAGCAGGGCGACCCGUCUCAGAUACGAGCUCUGAAGGCCCUGUUCAAGCCAUGCUGCGAAGACUCGGCAGCCUUCAGAGACAAAAAGAGCAGGAGCCUGGCAAGUCCAAAUCGAAGGGAGGUGAGGGGAUCACCAAACCACUCAGACGAAAGCUUGGAGUUCGGGCGAGUGUGUGGGAGGAGGGAGGGCCGUCUGGAGGGGAGGUUGCCAUUUGUAAACCUAUCAGGCGGAAGCAUGCUUCCCACAACUCCUCUGACACAGUGGCCCUUAGUGAAGUUUCACAGUCAGAGAGUGGCACCCCCAAACGACCGCUGUCCAUUUUGAAGAGCGUGCCAGAACUGGCUGCAUCUGACCCAGGGCUGAGGGCUGAGGAUGAGGACUCCGGUUCAGGAAAGACUGAGAGCAACUACUUUACUGUGGGACCGGCAGGAGACGCUGCAAGUCUCACAGAGGUCAUCACCAACGAAGGAGCGGUGGGCAGUGGGAAUGAUGAGCCCUGCUAUGAAAAUGUUCUGAUUAACAACUUGUGACCUCUGACGAACCACGUCAUCAGCAGGUAUGAUUCUAACAGAUGCAAAUUUAUUUUACCAAUGUCGAUUUCAGUUAGCAGACCAUGGAUUCUUGAAUUAUGGUGUAAUCCUGUUUAACAGUUAUGUAAAAGUGCAGCUUACAUCAGGAUAUAAAUGCAGCAAGCAUUUGCAUAGAGAAUAUAGAAUAAACAUGAAUAAAUAUAUAGUUAGGGUAGAACACAAAUACUAAAGAGUAUCAGGUGUGGUAUUUGGAUAAUUUCAAGAAACCACUUGUUGCAUUUAUCACCUCUAUUUUCAUGUGAAAUGUUUUGCUUGUAUUUGCACCAGUGUUGUGUUAAGUGUAUACAAACAAGUACUGUAAUAUCUGGGGCUUUGUGUGAAGAGAAAAACAUUAAGCCUGGAGAGUAGAGAAUGUCAAGCACCUACUGUCUGGAUUAUAACAGAAGGAUGAGAACAAAUGGGUUGUAUUUACAGAGAGUUUUUCAUAUCAAAAGUCAUAUUCACAUGCUUCGAUAGAUGACAGUUUUUCUAUCACACAUGGCUAACAAUUAAAGGGUAAUGUAGGAUUCAGUGUGUUGCCCGAUGACAUUCCAGCAUGCAGAUCGGAGGAGACAGGGAUCAAACCAUUAACCUUCUGGUUAGUAGAUGACCUGCUUUACCUACUGAGCACCAGCCAUCCGAAACAAAUGACCCAAAUAUAAGCUGUGGAGAAAUGUGUGCCAUUAUAUGAAAGUGAUCACACUGAAUGAGAUUUGCUGAUGUUUUAUUGAAACAAAUAAGAACAUAUGUGUCUCCGUACAAAGAAUGUCCUGUAGACAAAAAACAGUAACAUUUACCUGCUUCAUUCUGUCAAUGCAUUAUAGUGUUCAAUUUUGCUCUGUUGCACUAAUCAGUAAUGUGAUAAAAUUGGAAUUGUAAAAAUGUUUUUGUGUCCUCGAGCAUGAGGCCAGCUGUCACUGCACUCUGACCUCUGAUGUGAUGUCAAAUUUCUGCUGUGUGAAAACAUAAUAACUUUUCUUUUACUCAAAUUAUAUGACCCCUCCUGCCCUGCCCUUAUUGUUUUAUUAUAUGUCACUGUAUAUAUGUUUACAAUUAAUAACCAAAGAAUAAAAAAAAAAACAUCA